GAGGUCUUCCAUCUGCUGGUUCACUCCCCAGAUGGCCACAAAGGCCAGAGCUGGGCCAAUCUGAAGCCAGGUCUCCCAGAUGGGUGUAGGGGCCCAAGGACUUGGUCCAUCUUCUACUGCUUUCCCAGGCCAUAGCAGGGAACUGGAUCAGAAGCGGAAUAUCUGGAACUUGAACCAGCAUCUAUAUGGGAUGCCAGCACCACAGGCCACAGCUUUACCCUCUACACCACAGCACUGGCCCCAAGAGAGAGGUCUUCCAUCUGCUGGGUCACUCCCACAUGGCCGCAAUGGCUGGAGCUGAGCCAAUCCUUAGCCAGGAGCCAGGAGCUUCUCCCAUGUGGGAGAUCAAGGACCAGGGCCAUCCUCUGCUGCUUUCCCAGGUGCAUCAGCAGGGAGCUGGAUGGGAAGUGGGGCAGCUGGGACCUGAACUGGCACCCAUAUGGGAUGCCAGCACUGCAGGCCGGGGCCUUAACCUGUUGUACCCGAGCGCUGGCCCUCUACUUUCAAUAUCUUACCAUUAAGGAGCAGUAUAUCUGAGUGGUUUCCACUUGAUUGGCAGCCUGGUUUAAUGGAAAGCAUCCCACAAGGCCCACCUCUGAAGAGUUGGCACCUCAGUUUUCCGAGGUCUGUGAAGCGGAGAUACCUGCCCUGUGCUUAGUUUUUAUUUAUUCAUCAAUUCAUUCGAGUAUUUUUUGAGCACCACUGUGUGUGCCACACACUGUUUACAUACUGGAAACACGGUUGUGAACAAGUCAGGCAGUGUCUCCGUGUUCAUUCAUUCAGAGUUUACUCCUUGUUGGAAUACUGUGGGAUGUGGAACGGGAAUACUGGGGAGCUGGAUGUUGCUGGAUGGAAGGAGGGAGGGAGGGAAGAAAGGCAGCCAGUGUUUCCAGCUUCACGGUUCUCACCCACUGUUCCUUCGGAAAUCACAAGCUAAGAGUUCUCUCAUAUUUGAAGCAGUUGUUUCAAAGGUCCGCACCUUCCCACCUCUCAUCCCACCCCUUCCAGAACACUUGUCCAGAAAUCCAGCUUUGUGCAGUUGGAAGGGGGUACUGUUUCCUCAUUCAGCGCUCACAUGCCUGAAGGAUCAGCUGCCUUUCUGAAUCAGAAGAUAUCUUUGUCAUUCUUUUCCAACUGAAAAUGCAUGACUCAUCCAUUGGUACCGCAGCUGGAUGGCUUUAAACACCAGGCUGUUGUUCCGAGCAGCCAGGUUCAUGGUUCAGGCAGCGGAGGAAAGACUUUUGGGAGUUGGCUGACAAGUCUCUAAAGAGAGGUUGCUGUUUACUGGUGGUUAAAUGUUUUGAGAGCGGUGAAGCCAGGGGUUAUCCAUUUCUUCUUUCAAUGUGCCAUGUGACUCUCCGCGGGAGCUGCUGUGCGUGGAGAUGCUCUCAGUAGGGGAGAAUGGACUGGAUCCCCGGGCUGCCAUCCCGGUCAUCAAGAAGAAGCUGGUGGGAUCCGUGAAGGCGCUGCAGAAGCAGUACGUGUCUCUGGACACCGUGGUCACCAGUGAGGACGGAGACGCCAACACCAUGUGCAGUGCCCUGGAGGCUGUGUUCAUACACGGCCUACAUGCCAAGCACAUCCGUGCUGAGGCUGGAGGAAAAAGGAAGAAAAGUGCCCACCAGAAGCCUCUGCCGCAGCCGGUCUUCUGGUCCCUUUUGAAAACUGUCACCCACAAACACAUCAUCUCGGAAUUGGAGCACCUGGUCUUUGUGAACACGGACGUGGGCCGCUGCCGGGCCUGGCUGCGGCUGGCCCUCAAUGACGGCCUGAUGGAGUGCUACCUGAAGCUGCUGCUCCAGGAGCAGACCCGGCUAUGCGAGUACUAUCAGCCCUCAGCCCUGCUCCGAGAUGCCGAGGAGGCUGAGUUCCUCCUUAGCUUCCUGCAAGGAUUAACAUCCUUAUCCUUUGAACUCUCCUACAAGUCCGCCAUCUUAAACGAGUGGACGCUCACCCCAUUGGCCCUGUCUGGGCUAUGCCCACUCUCUGAGCUUGAACCUGUCACUACCUCUGGUGCAGAACUACAGCGGAAGGAGUCUCUGGAUUCAAUUUCUCACUCCUCAGGCUCAGAGGACAUCGAAGUCCAGCAUUCGGGCCACAAGGUCCGGCGGAACAGAAAGCUCACUGCCUCCUCCCUCAGCCUGGACACGGCCAGUUCCUCCCAGCUGUCCUGCAGCCUAAACUCUGAUAGCUGCCUACUCCAAGAGCAUGGCUCUAAGAGUCCGGACCAUGCUGAAGAGCCCAUGUCCUACGACUCAGACCUGGGCACAGCAAAUGCUGACGACUCAGACCGGUCUCUGCAAGAGGUGUUGUCGGAAUUCAGCAAAGCCCAGGUAAACUCUGUGCCAACCAGGGGACCGAGCCAAGAACCAGAGAUCCCCGCACUCCAGGCCUCGCCCUUCCUCCACGGCCUCGCCACCAGCGCACACCUGCACUUUGAUGUGCCUGCGGAGCCCCCUCCUGCUGCAGCAUCCUCUGAGACCCAAGAUGGUGCCCACAAGCAGGAGCCGCUUUCCCAGGCACCUGGCACCCUGGACCUGCCACAGCUGGGCACUGCUCAGGCUGCCCCUGCAGGGAGCACUUCAAGCAAGCAUCCUGCUUGUCCUGUGAAAGGGACACCCAGAGCAGGCAGCCAAGGGAGUGGCCAGCAGAAGGCUCUGGAGGAUGAUGGAGCUGGACUGAAGCUGACGGCUGCUUCUCCUACCAGUCCGAAAGGCAAGAGCUGGAUCUCAGAAGAUGACUUCUACCGGCCUCCCCAGGAGCCACCAGUAGAGAGUGCUCACUCCCUGGUGCCCUCCAGAGGGGCUCCAGAAACCAGGGCCGCUCUCCACAGGCAUUUUUCUCAAGGACCAAGAAAAAGCUCCUCCCUGGGGGCACUAGACAAAGUGUGCACGCCUUCCCCAGGGGCCAGGAGAGCCAAGGCAGCCCCAGUGCAGGAGCCCAGGAACUUCCGGGUGGUGCACCGGAGGCAGAUGGGGCUGUCCAACCCAUUCCGCGGCCUCAUGAAGCUGGGCACCGUGGAGCGCCGGGGGGCCAUGGGCAUCUGGAAGGAGCUCUUCUGCGAGCUCUCCCCGCUGGAGUUCCGCCUCUACCUGAGCGACGAGGAGCGCACCUGCGUGGAGAGCUGCUCCCUGCUGCGCUGCGAGUCUGUGGGGCCGGCCCACAGCGAUGGGCGCUUCGAGCUGGUCUUCUCUGGCAAGAAGCUGGCCCUGCGUGCCUCCUCACAGGAUGAGGCUGAGGACUGGCUGGACCGCGUGCGGGAGGCCCUGCAGAAGGUCCGGCCUCAGCAGGAGGACGAGUGGGUGAACAUCCAGUACCCAGAGCAGCCUGAGGACCCUCCUGAGUCCCCCCAGGGCAGCCACCCCUCCCACUCAGAGCUACUCCCAGAGUCUACAGCCCUGCAGGGCACACAUUUCAACUGGUCGUCAGCCCAGGUUCCGGAGCCGGACGCUAUUAAGGAGUCCCUUCUGUACCUGUACACAGACAGGACCUGGGUGCCCUAUAUUUUCUCCCUGUCCUUGGAGUCUCUGAAAUGCUUCCGUGUGAGAAAUGAGGAGAAGAUGCUGAGUGACAGCCAUGGAGUGGAGACCAUUCGAGAUGUCCUGCCAGACACCAGCCUCGGGGGCCCGGCCUUCUUCAAAAUCAUCACAGCCAAGGCCGUCCUGAAGCUGCAGGCUGGGAACGCCGAGGAGGCCGCCCUGUGGAGGGACCUGGUGCGCAAGGUCCUGGCGUCUUACUUGGAGACGGCUGAGGAGGCAGUGACACUUGGCGGGAGUCUGGACGAAAACUGCCAGGAGGUGCUGAAGUUUGCCACGCGGGAGAAUGGCUUCCUGCUGCAGUACCUGGUGGCCAUCCCCACGGAGAAGGGCUUGGACUCCCAGGGCUGCUUCUGUGCAGGCUGCUCCAGACAGAUCGGCUUCUCCUUUGUACGACCCAAGCUCUGUGCCUUCUCUGGCCUCUAUUACUGUGACAUCUGCCACCAAGAUGACGCCUCAGUGAUCCCGGCCAGGAUCAUCCACAACUGGGACCUCACCAAGCGCCCGGUCUGCCGGCAGGCCCUGAAGUUCCUGAUGCAGAUCCGGGCCCAGCCCCUCAUCAACCUGCAGCUGGUGAAUGCCUCGCUGUACGAGCAUGUGGAGCGGAUGCACCUCAUCGGCAGGAGCCGGGAGCAGCUGAAGCUUCUAGGGGAUUACCUGGGCCUGUGCCGGAGCGGCGCCCUGAAGGAGCUGAGCAAGAGACUCAGCCACAGGAAUUACCUCUUAGAGUCUCCUCACAAGUUCAGUGUCGCUGACCUCCAGCAGAUCGCAGAGGGCGGGUAUGAAGGGUUCCUCCAGGCGCUGAUCGAGUUCGCCUCCCAGCACGUCUACCACUGCGACCUGUGCACCCAGCGCGGCUUCAUCUGCCAGAUCUGCCACCACCACGACAUCAUCUUCCCCUUUGAGUUUGACACCACAGUCAGGUGUACCGAGUGCAAGACCGUCUUCCACCAGAGCUGCCAGGACGUGGUGAAGAAGGGCUGCCCCCGCUGUGCCCGCCGGCGCAAGUACCAGGAGCAGAGCGCCCUCGCCUGACCCUGUCCUGAUGAGCAGCCCUAGAGGCUGGAGGCAGGGUGCAGCCCCACCAUCCCCGCCGGGUUUGCCACCAGCCCUCUGGGUCUCACCGGUGUCCCAGCUGCCUGCCCUUGUCAGGAAGCCCCCGUGAUGCCCGUGGCUUCCCACCACCUCUCUGCUCCAAGAGGCAGGGACGCAGCAGACGCCCAUGCCCAGGGAGGACGGGCCUUCAUUCACCAGGCCCUGGCUUGCCCAGGUCCCAGCACCUCCAGCAGGGCUGUGCACACACUGGGGGACGUUUUCAUGCCACAUUCCUGAUUAAAAGGUCUAGUUUUGUAAGGUGGCUUUUUCCCCUUCAUAUUUCAACAGAAAAUAUUUUUUUAUUCUUGACCCUACACAAGUCAUCCAAGAAAUGCAGGCAUGCUUACCCUGAGCAAACGUGCCAGGGCCGCUUAGGCCUGGCCUGAAGGCGGGCUGGGGGCUGGCAGGAGGCCACUGCCAGGCAGUGCCUGUUGGCUGCACUGGGUGCUUUGCCUUCACCCUCGCCUGUGUUCAGCCAGCAGCUUGGGUCCUUGUGCCAAACUCCUGCCUUGCAGAACAGGCAGCCCUGAUGACCGCCUCCUUCCUCUCCCUGCCCCUUGGCUUGUCGCCUGAAAAACCCAGCCCCUCCUUUGUGUCCAGUCCCCCUGGAUCUUCUCUAACCCGGGGAUUUGGCCUCUGCGCAGGAAGGGAAAACGACUCAAAACCAGCACUGGCAGCACUUUGGCCCUCCUUGAUUCAGAGAAGGGUAUCACCCUGCCCACCCCGUCCCUAGGCCUUCUCACUCCUACACGGCAGUGCGCUACCUCAGGCGGGAUCUCAGGCCACCCCCCUGCCUGCCUGACCCUUGCUGGGGCAGGCCUGACACGGUAGAGAAGUAGCCUCAUCCUCCCCCUGUGUGAUGUGUGGGGGCAGCCUCAGCCUCGUCUCACAGAGCCAUGGAUUCACACACUGCCAGAGCUGGACGAUGCCCCUGGGGAACAAACGCCCUGUGAGGGGGUGUUGGGGUGGGGCUGGGAGCCUGGGAUUGUUUUCAAACUGAUGUUCAGACCCUUGCGGUGUGGGGGAAGUGUGCAUGUGGUCCCUCUGCUGCCUUCCCCGCCUGUCCUGGCCUGGGCAGGUCCCUCAGCCCCGGAGGCCCCGGGUGAGCUCUGCCUGCCCCCGUCAGGAGGUUCAGCUGCUGAGUCACCCGCCAAUCCCGGAGCUGGGUGAGUGUGAGCGGAGCAGAGGAGGCAGUGCAGGGGCUGCCGCAGCUUCUCCGCUCCCUCCCCAGUGGUAUGUGCCCAUGCCUCCCCAGGAAAUCAGUCCUGUCCCCUCCACACCCUGAUCAGAGCCAUCGCUGCUCCAGGUCCCUGCGUGGGCAAGGCCCUGGCCUGGGGUGGGCCUUGGGUCUGGGGCUACAUUCCAGGAGGCAGCAGAAGUGAAGCCUCCCACUCCCACCCCCACUUCUGGAGUAUGAGCAGCAGAACGCCCCCCCCCCCCCCCCGCCCAAGAGCUUCUGACGCUGUCAGAUGAGCUGACUCCUCCCCCUCCCCCUCGCCUCCAGUGGAAAGCUGAUGUGCGCCUCAGUGGUGCCCACACUGUUUUAAAAAUGGGAUUGUAGGCAAUAAGCUGUUUCUGAGGAGUGGGGCUCUGGCCCUGAGAAGUGCUUUUCUGUCUAUUAAAGGAACAAUGAUUUUGGAAUGAUUUUGCAGUAAAGAGCUGAUCUUUCUAA